UCAAAUUGAUUGAAUUUCGUCUCGAAUAGGUUUUCUACUCUACUACUACGUCGUCGUCGUCGUCGCUGAUCGCUGACACCGAAGCUAUUAUUAUUGCUGUUGGUUGGAUUAAAUCUUGCGAGUUGGACGCGAAUUGUGCGUGAACGUUUUUUUGUUAUUGUUUGUGUAAUUUGUACUGCCUUUUUUUCCUAAAAAAAAAAAACACUAUUAAAAAUGCAAAAGGUAAAUUCGUGCUGUUGUGGCUGUUCGCUGAAGACAGGAACCUUGAUUCUUCUCAUUCUUACUUUGAUUGGUUCACUUUUAAAAAUACUUGGAAGUUUCGGAGCGCCAGGUAAUCAGGCUGCAAAUAUCAUUGGGUACCUCAUUAUUCUGUGUAUUGCAAUCGCUGGCAUCUAUGCGGCUACGCAGGAGAAACCAGUAUUUUUAAUACCUUACAUGGUGGUGCAGCUGAUUGGCUUAGUAGGUUUGAUAAUUGGAAUGCUUGCAUUGCUAAUUUUUGGCGGUGCUGUCAUUGGUUAUUUCGCCAGCCAAGCUGCUGAUAAGAAACAGGCCGAUGAACUUGCAAAAGGAGGUUUUGUUGUUAUUGGCAUUUUUGAAAUUAUUUUCGCUGCCUUCGCUGCUCUCAGUUACUACUUUUUCAUCGUUGUGCUGAGCUUCUUCAAGUCACUCCGAUCUGGAUCUCAGUAAUGGAAGUUACAAAAUUUUGCAUUUGCUUUUUAUACACUCUAUAUGUUAAGUUUUAUGUUAUAGAGUUGCUUACUUAAUACUUUAUAUUAUUAUUUACAAUCAAAGUUUCAUUAUAUAUUACAAUUAGCCAUUGAGAAGACGAUGGCAGUUUUUCUUACAAAUAUAUACUUUCUAUAAAUUGUUUUUUACGUA